CCGGAGAGAAAAACAGGCACCCACCUCUCACUGUGUCUCUCCUCAUCAGAAGGGAAUCCUUCUCAGAAUCAAGCAAGUAGCAGGUACCCUUCUCUCUCUAUCUCUCCAUCCGACCCUCGUCGACGGACCGGAGAAGAAUCAGAGGCGUCUGGUUGUAAACGUAGUAGAGAGUUGGAACAUCGAAGCCCUAGAUUGCACCUUUUCCCCUCUUGUAAGUGCUCUCUAGGUUUCAUUGAUGACAGCAACUGUUAAUUGAAUUUAGAUUAGAAGAGGAAGGCAGUGGCAGAUUUAAGUCAGAUAUUUUUCUUUUCAUUUUUCUGCUGGAUCCAAACAAGAGAAAGGUUUUUCUCCCUUACUUUCCUCCCAUCUUCUAUCUGGAACCAAACAAGGGAAAGAACCCCAUUUUCUCCAUAGUUUUCCUCUUAUACAUUUUCUCUUCUCUUUUCUUUCCUUCCACAAGUUCCAAACAAAGCCUUAUUUCUUAAACUUCUCUUCCUUCUUAAACUUCUCUUCCCAACGAGAAGGUUUCUCUCUCUCCUGACCAACAGCAUAGACAACCUCCGAUCAAAGAAAACGAAGGGGAACAGCAUAGACGACCUCUCAAGGCAGUGGAGGAAACUGGGCUUACCCCAAUUGAUGCAAUGAUAGAGGGAGCACGUCUGCGGCUUAAUGGGUGGCAGCGGGCUGCAGUUGCGGUUGGUUCAGCCGCGGGUGCAUUGCUAGACCCACGAAGAGCAGAUUUAAUAGCUGCUUUGGGAGAGACAACUGGGAAGCCUGCUUUUGAAAGGGUUCUUGAAAGGAUGAAGAGAAGUCCUGAAGGCAGAGCAGUGCUAUUGGAACGACCUCGUGUCAUCUCUUCAAAUGUGGGGCAUGCGUGGGACCUACCGGCUAACACAUUUGGUGCAGCCUACGCAAGGUUCAUGGGAUCCAGAAACUUCUCCCCAGAUGAUAGGCCACCAGUCCGGUUCAUGGAAACAGAAGAGCUGGCCUACGUUGCCAUGCGUGCACGGGAGGUGCACGAUUUCUGGCACACCUUAUUUGACCUUCCCACCAACUUGAUUGGAGAAUCAGCACUUAAGGUGAUAGAGUUUGAGCAAAUGUUGCUUCCCAUGUGCCUAUUGUCCGUGGUUGGUGGCACCGCAAGAUUCAGUGGAAAACAAAGGGCAUUGUUCUACCAGCAUUACUUUCCGUGGGCCAUCCGGGCUGGCAUGCAAUGCACCGACCUCAUAUCUAUUUACUAUGAGCAGCACUUUCAUGAGGAUUUGCAAGAUGUUCGGAGGAGAUGGGGUAUAAUUCCUGCUCCUGCUCCUCCCAGCUGAAAUUUGGGCAGAUUUACUUGACCAGAAGCUCCUUCUACAUCGAGGACAAACCUAAAGAUUGGUAUAUGAGGCACGGCCCUUCCUAAAGCAAAAAAGUCGCCAUGUAUUAAGAAGUUCAUAAAUGCUUGUGAGUUGCAAUAGCUUUUCGGUCACUUACGCUUGAACAUACUUUAGAAUAGACUCUCUGCUUCUUUAUGUUGUGAUGGGUAUUAUUUUGGGCCUUAGCACAAACUCGAUGAUAGAUUAUUUUUCGAGUUUUAGAACUAUGUCAAAUGUCAGAGUGAUACAUAAAUGAAUCGAUGUUUAGACUGAAUAAUAUCCUGAGUGUUGUUGAGAA